ACAAGGAGAUGAGAAGACAGAACCUUCCCAUUGACACAGACACCAUCACUGCUCUGGAUAAUGGAACAUUCAUCAUCGCUCCGUAUUAUGAGCCUAGACUUGGCCGGUCAGUUCGGGUCAUCGCCAUCAUCCAUGAAUCUGUGACCGAGCUCUAUUGUAUCUUCCAUUGUUCCACCAAUCAGGACGUCUUCAUCAGGGCUGAAAUUGCAUUUCACAAAGACAGAUUUAGGUUCCCAUAUGGAGAAGCAGAACUUCUAUGUGCAGAACCUUCUGGGUGUGAUUACACUUAUAUCUCUUUCUCUUCCAUGAUUUUCACAAACACGAGUCAGAACUUCCUGUUUGAAGUCAGGAACCGUCCACCACAGCUGAUCUCUAACAAUUUCACUGUCUGCAUGUCUACUUUGUAUGGAAACUACAGCAAUGUCCUCCAGGUGGUCCAUCACAUUGAGAUGUACAAGAUUCUGGGGGCCUCUAGAGUCACCAUGUAUAACACCAGCUGUUCCCAGGAUGUAGAUAAGGUGUUACGUCAUUACAUUGAUGAAGGAACUCUGGAGGUUGUGUCAUGGCCAAUAGACCGCCAUCUUCAGACAUCAAAACACUGGAGAUAUACCCAAGGACUCACCACCGAGAUUGGUUAUUUUGGACAACUGACAACCUUAAAUGAUUGUUUAUACAGAAAUAUGUACAACAGUAAGUUUGUUCUCUUCAAUGACAUUGAUGAAAUUAUUCUUCCGGUCAUAGACUGGGACUGGUCAUCACUGAUGGAGAGUCUCCAGAAACAGUUUCCGGACACAAGUGUCUUCCGCUUUGAAGCUCACGUCUUCCCCACCUUUGACAACAGCUCCAAAUUUGAUCUCUGGUCUCAUGUGCCCGGGAUCAAUAUUCUCCUCCACACCUUCCGAAAACCUCUUAACCCAAACAUGCAUAAUCCUCGUAAGUUGAUUGUGAACCCCAGGAAUGUGUUUCAGACCUCUGUCCAUUAUGUGCCAAAAUAUACAGGAAAAGCUACAUAUGUACCAAACACUACAGCCAUCAAUUUCCACAGUAAAGGAAGUCGGGGGAAGGGCAUCACCAGUGAGGACUUCAUUCGGGAUGACAUAGUGCUGAAAUACAAUGUGUCCUUAGUGCCAAAUAGCCAACCGUACCACCUGAGAUCACUACGGGUCCAACCAGAGCCAACCGUACCACCUGAGAUCACUACGGGUCCAACCAGAGCCAACCGUACCACCAGAGAUCACCACGGGUCCAACCAGAGCCAACUGUACCACCAGAGAUCACCACGGGUCCAACCAGAGCCAACCGUAGCUCCAGAGAUCACCACGGGUCCAACCAUAGCCAACCGUACCACCAGGGAUUCAUAG